AUGCGCAGCCUCAUUGCCAUCGUGGCCAUUGCCUUUGCAACACAGAUCUCCGCAGCAUGUACCCGCGAAGCCCUCAAAUCUAUCACAGACGAAUUCCUCGCCGCUCAAACUGCGGGACAAACAACCUUCCCUUCCCUUUCUAGCACCGUCGCAUACACCGAAAACCGGAAGAGCGUCGACAUCAAAACUAGCAUUCUCUCCAAACCCAUGAAAAUCGACCAUGCCCGGGCCCAACACGACACAACUCAAUGCGCUGGGUUCACUGAGUUUAUUGUCAUCAACACCGCCGCGCCGUAUGUAAUCGCAACGCAACUCCGUCUCGACAACAGCACCAAAGUAUCGCAAAUCGACACCAUCUGGACAAGCAAAGGAGACUGGCUCUUCAACGUCACAGGCACAUACUACUGGGCCACGCGUGAGAAGUGGGAUCCUAUCCCCGCCGCCAACCGCGAUACGCGUGCUGUCAUCAAAGCAGCAGGAGAUGCCUACUGCGAUCUCUUCAACAACAAAAGCGUCACAGUGCCGUGGGGCUCGCCGUGCGCUCGCCUCGAAGGUGGUGCCUAUACAGGCAAGGGCGAGGCGACGGAUAGAUGCGACGUCGGUGUUCCGAGCGGUGUGCCGCUGGUCAACAGGCAAUAUGUUAUCGACGAAGAGUAUGGGACUGUGGAUGUUAUCAUGGAUUUUGGAGGUGUGGCAGGACAGGUUGGGGCGGAUGGGUUGCCGGAUAGUCAUGAGUUUAGGGUUGAAGGGGGGAAGUUGAGGUACGUGCACACGCUUUCAAGUUGUGGUGGGAAGGCGUGCAUAUAG